GGUGCUGCACAAUUGUACCUGUUGGAGGAAGAGUCGCACUACGGCGGCAAUCGAAACGACGUUCAUGCGAUUGUUAAGACUCCUUAAUUUUCUACUUUGAAUAUCUAAAAGUAAGCACUAAAGUAAAACAUAGCAGCGACGCUUUUUAAGGGACGAAAGUAAAACAGCCGGUUAGUUUUCCCUGCUCUAUCCUUAGGCUUAUCCCUUCAAACACCUUAGAACGAAAAUCCAUCCCUUUGCAUCCUAAUUAGGUUUUGAGACAAUACCUCGUGCUAGGCAAAUGAAUGAAUGAAUUUAUAUCUGAAUGCUGAAGUAGCGCGCUUCUUAGUUCUAAGAUACCACGGCAUUUGCAAGACGUGAAGGCCGAAUUGAAGGAAUCGCUCACCUUGAUGGAGCAAAAUGGAGUCAGGGACCUACCUUUGUUUAUGGUUUCUCGUGAAUAUCCUACCUUUGUUUAUGGUUUCUCGUGAGUAUUAAAUGGGGGUUGCGUUUAUUCUUACUUUAGUAUCUAUAGUGCUGUACUAAUCUGGUGCUUGGUAAUAUCUAAGAAGUGCAUUAGCUCAGAAGUACACCGGUGCCUUUUCAGGUACGGAGUAGUUACCUUUUCAAGUACCCUUUCAACAAGCAUUAAGCUCAACUACACUAAACCGAUGGCAAGUUCUUACGCAACAACUACCAAAAGUUACUGUCUUUAAGAAAACAGUGAGUCCUCUAUAGGGAGAUGCAUAUUGAACAAAAUUGAGGAAAUUCUAACGUGUUACUCGCAGGACUAAAAUAUUUGCGAGAAUGGCUGCCAGAUACGGAAAUGUUGGAUUACUUAGACCCUCCAGCAGCAGGUAUACCUUCUAGGAUUACUUAGACCCUCCAGCAGCAGGUAUACCUUACCUGUGACUUCUAAUAUUGGAUUACUUAGACCCUCCAGCAGCAGGUAUACCUUAUACUUGUGACUAAUAUCUGUUGUUCUAGAGAAGUAAACUCAUUUUUGUGCUGUAACGUCACUAUCUGAUUAUUUCCUAGAGAUUCGCAGCACCGCAGAGUAACUUACUUUGAUUUCGAAACUCAGGUGCCCCAACUAGAACCGAGGAAACGACCUUGCUUGUCCGCGAUACUGUGCA